CCCAGUUUAAAGACAUCUGUUCCUCUACAAGAGAGCGUGCCCCGCAUUCAGAGCUGUGACCGAAUGUUUGCCCGUGAUUAUCAGCCGAAAAAUGAAAAUAGACAUUGACCCAAACUCACCCUGCUCUUCUUUUCGCAGUUUAUAGACCGGGGGGAAUCGGAACGAGGGUUUUGCCUCCUCUCCAUCUCUCGCGUCCAAGCAGAGAGAGCAACCGCCGUGCGUCAACCCGGUGCCAUAGAGUAGCAGAUUUAUUUUUGUCUGCCCUCUAGCCGGGAGUUUCGCAUCCUCCGCGUCUGGCUUGGAGGGCGAAGGACAACGAAGAGCUUAUUAAAAUAUCGUGAUACCCGAUGUGUGAAUAUUUAGCGCUUAUGGACAUUUAUUUUCUCGCAUUCAGUCAUCGUUAGAAGACGACUGUCAUAAUGGAGUCAGUGGAAAAGGAGUGUGGAGCGUUGGGUGGAUUAUUCCAAGCUAUCGUCAACGACAUGAAGAGUUCAUAUCCAGUGUGGGAAGACUUCAGUGCCAAGGCCACUAAACUACACUCCCAACUCAGGACUACAGUUUUGGCAAUAGUGACAUUUCUAGAUGCCUUUCAGAAGGUGGCAGACAUGGCGACCAACUCAAGAGGUGGCACCAGGGACAUUGGUUCAGCUCUGACCAGGAUGUGCAUGAGACACCGCAGCAUUGAGACUAAAUUACGCCACUUCACCAAUACUCUUAUGGAAGGCCUAGUCACUCCUCUCCAGGACAGGAUAGAGGAAUGGAAGAAGACAGCUAACCUGCUGGACAAAGACCACGCCAAAGAAUACAAGCGGUCUCGUCAGGAGAUAAAGAGGAAGUCCUCAGACACUAUGAAGCUCCAAAAGAAAGCCAGGAAAGGCCGGGGGAACUUGCGUCCCCAGCUGGACAGUGCCAUGCAGGACGUCAGUGACCUCUACCUGCUGAUGGGUGAGACAGAGAAGCAGGCGGUGCGCCGGGCCCUCCUGGAGGAGAGGGGGCGCUACUGUUCUUUCAUCAACCUUCUGCAGCCUGUGGUGAAUGGAGAGAUAGCCAUGCUGGGAGAGAUCACUCACCUGCAGGCCAUUGUUGAUGACCUCACAGUGCUGACUGAAGACCCGCACAAACUGCCCCCGGCUAGUGAGCAGGUGAUCGGGGACUUGAAGGGUUCAGACUACAGUUGGUCCUAUCAGACCCCUCCCUCCUCUCCCAGCAGUGCUGCUUCCAGGAAGAGCAGUAUGUGCAGUAUCCUCCAGAUGCCCAGCUCCGCUGUCCACCGCCUCAGCAGUGUCUCCUCCCACGACUCAGGGUUCAUCUCUCAGGAUGCCAACACCCAUUCCAAGCCCCCCUCGCCCAUGCCCUCUGACAUCACCAGCCAGAAGACCACCAGCUCAGCCUCUUCUGAGGCAUCAGAAACCUGCCAGUCUGUCAGCGAGUGCAACUCUCCCGCUGCGUUUGGCUCAUGCUCAUCCUUCGGUACCUUCCGCUCCACUCUCUCUUACACUGGCUCUGGCAUACUUCCUGGGUCCCCCACAUUUAACCGCUCUCCUGGAUCCAACACCCCCUCACCCACAUUAAAAGUUCCUAGCUGGAAGGAUUGGUCCAAAACGAGUACAUACGAGCCCUUAUUGGCUACCACCCUACAGCGAAGGAGAGAGUCAUUGGACAGGAUGAGGGAGCAGGAGGUUUCUUCCAGUCCUAAAGGGUUCUCUGGGAUGCAUCCAGACACUCAUAGGUCCAUUCUAGCCCAAGCUGCCAUAGCCACAGCCAAGUAUAGCGGUGAGGCUAUGUCCCCAGCAGCCAGUACACUAGCCAUGGUGCUUAUCCGGGGUCUCAGUGUAGAGCAUCAAAAGAAUAGCAGGGAAUCUCUGCAGUACUCCAGUGGCUACAGCACCCAGACAAACACACCAUCCUGUUCAGAGGAUACCAUCCCCUCACAAGGGUCGGACUAUGAGUGCUACUCUCUGAACGGGGAUGCUGGCACCAGCAGGGAGGCCGACUUUGACAAGUCCUCCACCAUCCCCCGCCACAGCAACAUCGCACAGAACUACCGCCGCAUGAUCCAAACCAAGAGGCCUGCUAGCACCGCUGGGCUGCCGGCCGGAGUGAGCCCUCCUGGGGGUACGCAUGGAGAGACUGCAGGGGGUGAUGGAGGUCGUGACGGGGGGCAUGGAGCCAUCAUCUCUGGAACAGCCACCAUCCGCCGAACCCCCUCCUCCAAAACAGGAGUGAGACGUACCCCUUCCACCUCGGGCCCCAUCCCCAUCUGCCCCCCCAUCGUUCCAGUCAAGACCCCCACUGUGCCAGACUCUCCAAGCUACUCCCCUGGCUACUCCCACAGCCCCACCCAAAAGCGCAUGGGCAGCAAUGAGUACCAGUAUGCAGAUGAGACUCCACCCAGUGCCCUGGAGUACAGGAAGGUCUCCCCCAAGCUGCUGAGCCUGCCUGACACUAGCACCUGGGGCUCCGAAGGGGGGCUGGAACGAAGCGUCUACGCCCAGCAGCCCCCUAGCAUGGCUGGCCUCAGCCCAGAGGAAGACUCCCAGCUGGCCGCCAACCGCCACAGCCUGGUGGAGAAGAUAGGAGAGUUGGCGGCCAGUGCCUAUGCCCUUGGUGAGGGUCAGUUCCCUUUCCCCCCUCUGGACCCUCUGCCAGCGAACCCAGUUGAGACAAACUCUGUACCCCAACACCCACAACACCUACCCCCCAAGUCCCAGGAGGGAGUGGACAUGCUGGUGUCCAUACGGAGGGGUGUGAGGCUUCGCAAGGCGGUCUCCAAUGACAGAUCAGCCCCCAGGAUACUCCAGGAUACUGCUGCAGCCUCCAGGAUACUGCGGUAGUAUCUCCUGGAACUAACCCCAGAACUGUGGUGCCCUUUCUUAUACUAAGCUUAACCUCUAGUUGUAAAAUGAAUGAACACUCAUCCUAUACAGGAUUAGACUGUAUGAAAUGAAAGGGAAUCAAGUGUCAAUGUGUAAAGAUUUAAUGAAUGGCCAUGGGUGACCAAUGGAUAAAUGUCAUAUUUGAUGUUGUAUUGCUAAUUCCUAUGUUGUCUUUGGGCUUAGUGGUUUUGGUUGUCUAUUUCCUCUGUCUCCUGAUGCGUCAGGCCAGACACCUCCCCCAUAUUCACAGUGUCUCAGAGUAGGUGUGCUGAUCUAGGAUCAGUUUAGCCUUUUAGGUCAUAAUGAAUAAGACUAUAUGGACAAGGAUGACCUUAUCCUAGAUCAGCACUCAUACGCUUUAUGAAUAUGGGGAUAGGUCACUCCAUGUAAGAGAUGAAUGUGUCUUAUUGUGUGUGUACUAAUGCCGCAUUCACACGCUAGUCGGAACUAGGGAACUCACAAAUUCCCAACUAGCUAAUUAGUGACACGUUCAAACAGUAAUAAGUCAUACAUUUAUGAGUUUCCUAGUUCCGACUAGCACGUGAACGCAGCAUAACACAGCCAUCUGUCAUCUGAAAGUGAUGGGGUCAAGUUGCUCCGUGAACCUGUCUGUAUGUUAUGUAUUAUUAUACUGAUGUAUAUAUUACUGUUUGUAAAAUAAGCUGAAAACCAAUUGUGUAUGUCACAUAUCGGAGAAAUGUAAAAGCCAUGUAAAAUAGGACGCGAUGUGGCAGUGGUUUUAUUGGUGUACUGUACUAUCAAUAUAUUCUGCAAUUAAACCAACCAUUUCUAUAGAACAA